AUGGAAUCUUUGGCAACAACCAUUCGUUUCGUCACGCUGAAACUGUCAAGUGAACUCCAACGAACCGCCGUGUCCAGGCCUCACCAAUAUCUCUGUUUGCCAUCUGCUACCUUGGGGGAAACACUCAUCAGAGAUUGGCUCUUCAUCAGCAUCGGAGACUAUACUACCCACUGCGGUGACGCUGAUGAUCAUAGAUGCGAGAGUCCGUCUCCUUCCUAUCACACCUAUGCUGAUGAGAGAAAAGUAGGAGGUUGUGUGGUAGCUGUGAGUAACGGCUUCAGGACCUUGCUGAACUGGCAAACGCAGUCAGCUCUUGAACUCAAACACGCUCAUAGACCGACAUGUGUGGUUAACGAGGAACCACCAACCGAGUCGAGGGUUCUGCUCUCUAUUCAAAAAAUGAAGAAUGGAAAAUCUGGUGGAGACGACAGGAUUAGCGCAGAAAUGCUAAAAUAUCUUCCUCCGUCUGGGAUUCGUGAGAUGACAAAGAUCAUUCCUUCAAUAUGGAUAGACGAAAGGAUACCUGGUUUGUGGAGACACGCUACCACAAUUCCCCUCCACAAGAAGUUAUCCGUCACGGACCCUCGGAAUUAUCAAAGAAUCUCUUUGCUGCGUGUUAUGUACAAGGUUUUGAAGCGGAUUAUCCUGGACCGGCUUAUCAAACAUCCUGCGACGAGCAAGCUGGCUUUCGUCCUCACCUAA